AUGGCUACGUUGCAAAGAUUCAAGUUCCUAGCGACGCAAUGUGAAGUUCCACAGAGCCCGACACGAACUCCAAGCCCGAGGACAAGUCCUUUGGUACAGUUUCGUCGUAAGAAGACAACCUUAAAGAUGCUUCUGAGUCUUAUACCGCAGAGCCGUCGAGAUCAGCCGUUAAUUCAUAAGGCUCGUUCAUUAGCAGCUGAUAAAGACGUAGCUGGACGCAAACUGAGAGACUUAUUCGUCUCUUCAUCUGACGUAGAGGAAGAAGAUGAAGAGGAAGAGAAGGAGAGACCAAAGGGGAAAACAAAAGAAGAAGUUCUUGCAGCCAUGGCAGCUAAAGUGAACGCAGCUGCUAGUUUGGAAUCAGAAUCGGGUGCAGCACCGGUUUGGUUCGGGUUCAGCAAGCGGCUUCUCCAGCGAGCUUGGCGUCCUAAGCUUGGUACUAUUCCUGAGUAA